CUCUCAUGUCUCUCCGGCGAACACCCCCAGAAUGCAAUGGGCAUUUUAAACAGCCAUCUCCUUGCCAGAGUGGUGCCGGAAAUCUCGGGCUACAUGGCCUCGUUGCACCAUCAAAGUUGCUGUUCUUCCACGAAAUACCAUCAUGGCAGCAAGAUAACGAAUUUAUACUCUCAGGCUACAGGCCGACAUCAGGAUCUGUCUGGAUCUCUGUCGCGAGUCUGCUCUAUGUUAACAACCAGACUAUUAACACGUACUCGCACCUCAUUGGAGCUGUGAUCUUCGCUCUGCUCCCAUUCUAUUUCUAUUAUUACGUCUUCAAUCUUCCCCCCAAUGCGGAGAAUGUAGACUUGCUGGUUAUAUGCAUAUACUCGUAUGGUGUUGCAGUCUGUUUUGCAUUCUCCUCGACAUUCCAUCUCCUCUGGAAUCACAGUCAAAAUUUUGCAAAGUUCUGCAAUAAACUGGAUUACGUGGGAAUCCUCGUCUUGAUGUGGGGAGCGGGUAUUCCCACGAUCUAUUACGGAUUCUUCUGCAACCCACGUUUGCAAGUGCUCUACUGGUCAACUACUAGCGGUGCAGCUUUAUGCUGCGCGGUCUUUACUCUUAGUCCUCGUUUCGGCUCGCCACAGUUCAGGCACUGGCGUGCAAGCUUCUAUGCUGCUUUUGGACUUAGCUCUGUGGUAUUUGUCGCGCAUGGCCUUACCUUGCAUGGCUGGGAGCUUCAGAAGACACGCAUGUCAUUAAUUUGGAUGGUCUGGAUGGCGACUGCCAACCUUACCGGCGCAGCAAUAUAUGCUGCCAGGGUAUUGUACCUGGCCUGAGCAAGUCAGACGGUCACUAACUUGAAAUAGGUCCCAGAGAGGUGGCUGCCUUAUCAGUUUGAUAUUUACGGCGCUAGCCAUCAAAUCUUCCACGUGGCUGUUAUCAUCGCAGCUUGUGUACAUUUCUUGGGGCUUAUGGAAUCUUUUCUCGUUAUCCGGUCAGCUACCCAUGCGUGUAGCGGUGCGUGGGUAGCCUGACUGCUGCAGUGUUACCGGCUGUCACGGAGAACAGGGAGUACGAGAUCUUGGCGACUACUAUAAAGUAUCCCGACGGACCAGUCCGGUUGAACAGAAUCAAGCUACGAAUUCUGAGCUCAUGGCUUGAUCUGCUUCCACGAACCGCGCAGCUCGUACUGGAAAGGGACUGAGCAAGCUAUUACCGGCUCCGGGAAAUCUUACUCUACUGACAGGGCACCUUGGAGUUUCGCGAUGGGAAGGAAUCGCACAAGUAAUCGCAGCGAAAGAAGCAAAGAAAUACAGGCCCCCAUUAGCAGUACUAAAGAAUCGGGAGCGGGUCUCUUGUCGAGAUGCGUUGACUUGGCGUCAAGUGGAUGAAUGAUGUCUGAGCCGCGAGCGGAAAGUCUCAGUGAGGUUGACACCAUGGAUCCAUCCAUCUGCCGCGAAAGAGGACCUUGGCAGGAGGUUUUCAGGUGGGGUUACGCGAUGAUAUGGCGCCUGCCCGUGUUGUAUCAGUUCUACAGAGAAAGUUUGUAAACACCAUAGCC